CAAGGAAAGAGCAGCUGAUGGGUCCAGCACAUCUUCAUGUCACAUAGAGUGAACUUCUAUUUAAUUUCUAUUCUUUUCUUGCUUCCUCAUCUUCUGUUUGGACCAGGAGGGGGUAUCACCUGGGUGGGGAAGAAGGGCCCCGCAAAAGUUCCAUCUCUGGCCAAAGUGUGCUGAUUAAAAAUGCUCGGUGCUGAGGGGGAGACUUCGGCGGAGGAGAGGCGCAAGUCUCCGCUUGCAGGGGCCGAAGAGCCGGCCUCGGGCAGCCGGUACACGGAGCAUUACUUCAUCCCGGCUACGGCACCCAAACCCGCCACAGACACAACCACCCCCUGCUCCUUCAUCCCCUACGCCCCCAGCGGGACCGUGUACACCCCGUCCAGCACAGCCAGGUACCCGGCCUCUCUGCACCUGAGCUCCGUGGGGUUCCCUCCACCCACAGGCCCGCGGAGUCACUUCAGUCCGGCCUACCAGAUAGGACAGAGUCCCGGCUGCCUCUACCCGCCUUACAGCGGCUCAGGCCCGGCUCUCAGUAACAUCACCAUCCCGGCAAACGGGCCGACCAUGAGGGCCCAGGUCUAUCUGUGCAACCGGCCUCUCUGGCUCAAGUUCCACAGGCACCAGACCGAGAUGAUCAUCACCAAGCAGGGCAGGCGAAUGUUCCCAUUUCUGAGUUUUAACAUAGCAGGUUUGAACCUGACGGCGCACUACAAUGUGUUUGUGGAGGUGGCCCUGGCAGACCCGAAUCACUGGAGGUUUCAAGGGGGCAAGUGGGUCACCUGUGGGAAAGCAGACAACAGCAGUCAGGGGAACAAAAUGUACAUUCAUCCAGAAUCUCCAAACACAGGGGCCCACUGGAUGAGACAAGAAAUCUCCUUCAGCAAACUGAAACUCACCAACAACAAAGGGACUAAUCACAAUAUUUCACUGAUGAUAGUCCUGCAGUCAUUGCACAAGUACCAACCCAGGCUGCACAUUGUGGAGGUGACGGAGGAGAGCGUGGAAGACAUCAGCACUGACCCAAAAACUCAGAGCUUCACGUUUCCAGAGACCCAGUUCAUAGCAGUCACUGCCUACCAGAACACUGAUAUAACGCAGCUGAAAAUCGAUCACAACCCAUUUGCCAAAGGAUUUAGAGAUAAUUAUGACUCGAUGUACACGGCUCCAGACAAUGACCGCCUCACCCCUUCUCCAACCGACUCCCCCCGUGCCCACCAGAUUGUCCCCAGUGCUCGGUACACCAUGCAGCCCCUCUUCCAGGACCAGUUUGUCAACAACUUUCCCCAGAACCGUUUCUACAACAGUGAAAGAACCGUCCCUCAGACCAGCAGCCUCCUCUCUCCUCAGUCAGAAGAUGCCUCUCAGAGAUGGUUUGUCACCUCCAUGCAACAGGGGACUGGCAGCAGCACCAGCCACAAGCUGGACCUGACACCUUAUGAGGGGGAAUACUCCAGCUCCCUGCUACCUUAUGGUAUCAAAUCCCUGUCCAUGCAAACAUCGCAUGCUCUCAGCUACUACCCGGACUCUCCUUUCAACAACAUGUCAGCCGGGUGGGGCUCCAGGGUGGCGUACCAGAGAAAGGUGACUCCGAGCCUGCCUUGGUCUCCAAGGCCAAGUCCCACGGCUGGUUUUCCAGAAGACUCAGACAAGGUGAAACCCCAGGUAGAAGAUGAAGUGAAUGGUGGAGGCCUGGUAUCUUCCUGGGCAGAAACACAGCCAUCUUCUCUUUCUCUAGACAAGGCUGAUUCCUAUACAUCUGCCUGCAAGCGAAGGCGUGUGUCUCUAAACGGGCCCAGCACAGAGGACUCACCCGCUGACAUUAAAUGUGAGGACAUGAUCUCUGUUGGCAGUGGCUGCUUUAGCAAGGACGCUCCCUCAUCCAAAGGAAUGGCAGCUUACUAUUCCUUUUACACAAAUCAUUGAGCAUAUUGUCUCACACAUACAGGAUAUGCUUUAUGUUUCAUGCACACACUCAAUUUGUCCCGGUUGUGCUACAUGUCUUCUAUGUUUAUGGUGGCAAACGAAAUGUCAAAAACACAUUAUUUAUUAAUUUAAACAGAAAAAAAUCAGAAGAAAGAGUUAUGACAAAUAAUGUGUAUUUUUCCUGCAUUUAGGGCUAUUUGACCACAGAGGGAUAUAUGCAGGUAUGACAUUGGACUUUGAUAGCGUUCAAAGCAUUUAAGUUAGGUUUAACAAUGUAAGUUUCAUUCCGCAUACAUUGCGGAAUCUGCCUUUGCACUGAGGUUUCCUGUUUACAAAUUAUUUAUUGUGAAACUAGUGCACUGUGAAAUGUGAGGAAAGUAUGCUGCAUAUACUAUACAUUGGUUGCAAUGUUCACGUUUGCUAUUAAAAAAAGCAUAUGUGCUGU